AUGGUGUCUCUGACUGACUGCCAGCGGAUCGGUGUGGGACUGGUCGGCUUUGGCCUCUUCUUCGUCCUUUUUGGGAUGCUCUUGUACUUCGACUCGGUGCUCCUGGCCUUCGGGAACAUCCUCUUCCUCUCCGGCUUGGUCUUCAUCAUCGGCUUCAGGAGGACCUUCACCUUCUUCUUCCAGCGGCCAAAGCUGAAGGGCACCAGCUUCUUCCUCGGGGGGGUCCUCAUCGUCCUCAUGCGGUGGCCUCUCCUGGGCAUGCUGCUGGAGGCUUACGGCUUCAUCACCCUCUUCAGGAGUUUUUUUCCGGUGGCUUUUGGGUUUUUGGGCUCGCUGGCAAACAUCCCUGUGCUGAGCAAGCUCUUGCAGAAGGUGGGAGACAGCAGCUCCAUGGUGUGA